ACGUGCGGUAAUAUUCGAUCAUUAUAAUUUUACAAAAUAUUCUAUAACAUCAAAUAUGGUGCGAAUCAGUGUAGAAAUGGUACGCAGAAAGGCUGAACAUCAUGAUUGCCUACUUGCACCGUUAGAAGAGAUCGCAUUACAUCAAGAAAACAUUGAAAAAAUAGAAUACCUCCAAGACUGGUGCCCGAAACUGAAAAUAUUAUUAAUGCAAAGCAAUCUCAUCGCUAAAAUUGAAAACCUUAACAAAUUGAAAAAUCUUGUCUACCUAAACUUGGCGCUGAACAAUAUAGAAGUCAUUGAAAACUUAGAAAGGUGUGAAUCUUUAGAGAAAUUAGAUCUCACCCUCAAUUUCAUAGGCGAAAUUAUAAGCGUAGAGAGUCUGACGGGUAACUACAAUCUUACUAAUUUAUACCUCACGGGAAAUCCUUGCACUGAUUACGAAAAUUAUCGAGAUUUUGUAAUUGGUACUUUACCCCAACUCAACCUUCUUGAUGGCUGCGAGAUUGAUAGAUCUGACCGAAUCAAGGCUUUGCAAAAUCUUCCAAUUAUAAGGUCAGACAUACUUUUUGAACAAGAGAACUACAGACAUCAAAGAAGAAAGCAAAAGUCUCGCCUGGAACAAGACAUUCAAGACAAGUGGGAAAAUGAAUACAAAGAUAUGGAUCCAGAAAAACGAAACGAGAAGUUUUGGGCAGAAAAAUGUGAGCAUGCUCCCGAAGUGCGUUAUGAGAUAGAGAAAAUGCGCCAGCUGAAACGGAAAAGUUAUGAACCAGAGAAAAAACAAGAAGAUAAACGUGUAUACAAGUUUUUCGCUCCAGAUGGAAGACCAUACAACAUUAACCAAGCAAAAAUAGACUUUGUCUUUACUGAUGAUGAUCCUGAAAAGUAUGUUUUGGACUUAGCAGUGUAUAAACACAUGGACACAAAUCUUGUGGAUGUUGAUGUCCAGCCCAACUAUGUUAGAGUUAUGAUAAAGAAUAAAAUAUUUCAACUCCAUCUACCGGCAGAGGUCGACACAACCAACUCUACAGCGCACAGAUCACAGAUUACUGGUCACUUGCUUGUAACGAUGCCGAAAUGUAAUGCUAUUGUUAAGAAACCAGCUAAUCCGAAAUACGAAGAUGAUAAUAAAACACAGUUGUAUUGUGAACACAAAGCAAAAGACUGUAAUAAUCAACUUGGGCAAACAAAACGAGAAUAUCUAGAAAUUGGUCCUGCAGAAAAUGUUUUAGACUUUUCGAAAAUGACUCAACCUAAAGCAAAACCUGAUUACAUCGAUCCAAGACUUAGAGUCGGUGAAAAGCAACCAUCAGCGGAUUUUAUUGACAAUCCAGAAGUACCUGAUCUGAUUUAAGUUAUGCCUACUGAUUUGCAAACUUUGCGAAAAUAUCGCCUAAAUGAAA